AUGGCUGCCACCAGGAUGCUGCCCUGGGUGCUGAUGGUAAUUCUUCACACUCAGGUGGAUGCAGUUCCAAUCAUAGUUGAUGAGAUCGACCUGAGGCUGAGCGGCGGCCCCAACGGGUGUGCAGGCAAUGUGGAGAUCUACUACUUUGGAGCCUGGGAGAAGGUGUGUGGCUACCUGUGGGACAUGCAGGAUGCCCAGGUGGUGUGCAGGCAGCUGGGCUGUGGCUUCCCUGAGGCCUUCAUGUACCCCUUCCCUCCAAGCGGCUUCUACUCCUAUGUGUUCACCGAGAUGAACUGUACGGGCAAUGAGGAGCUCCUGUGGUACUGCCCCUACAAAUACCAGCACGGUGCCUGUUACCAUGGAGCUGCUUCUGUCAUCUGCUCAGGGAACGUCCCCUGUAGUGGCAUACUGUAUGCAUUGUCUCGCACCUUCGAGAGCCCAGGAUACCCCAACUCCUACCCCAACAACGCCUACUGCGUGUGGAUCAUCCGUCCGUGGGACACGGCCCGCAGGAUCCAGCUCCAGUUUACGGAUGUGGAGCUGGAGGGCAGCAGCUGCUCCUACGAUGCCAUCGAGGUGUUUGAUGGAGGCUCCCCCCAGAGCAGACUCCUGGGCCGUGUUUGCAGGAACGACCACCGUGUCUUCAAUUCCUCUGGGAACCAGCUCACCGUCCUGUUCCGCAGCGACGGCAGCGUCACCAGGAGGGGCUUCCAUGCCAACUACUCCUCAUUUCUUGCCUUCACUACCACCAUGGCUCCCAAUACUUCUACUGCAUCACCAACCUCAGAAGAUUAUUCUUGUGGUAGCUUCCUCUCCUCUUCAUCUGGUACCUUACAGAGCCCAUUUUACCCCAGAAAUUAUCCAAACAAUGCUGACUGCGUGUGGGAAAUACAAGUAGAAAGCAACUUCCGUGUCACGCUUACAUUUACAGAUAUUCAGAUGGAAGGUGGCAGAUGCCUCUCUGACUAUGUGGAAAUCUAUGAUGGGCCCCUGCACAGCUCUCCUCUCCUUGGGAAGAUUUGUUCUGGUUAUUACCCCACUUACACAUCGUCCUCCAACCUGCUGAGCGUCCGCUUCCACAGCAACUCCCAAUACACGUACAGAGGCUUCCAGGCCAACUAUCACUCCACUCCUGCUGAUGACAGCACCACCCUGCUGUGUUUGCCAGACUACAUGCACGUGGUUGUGAGCAGAUACUUCCUUCAGUCCCACGGCUACUCUGCUUGGAACCUGACCCUGAACGACCCCCUUUGCACACCCAACAUCACAUCAAAUUCCGUGUCAUUCGACAUUCCGUACACUCGCUGUGGCACUGUCAGAGAGGGGAACAAUGACACAAUCAGCUAUUCCAACACUAUUAGAGGGUCCUCUUCUGGUACAUUAAUCACAAGAAAUAGAAAUCUUCUCUUGCAUGUCAACUGCAAGAUGCUCCAGAACACGUGGGCAAAAACGAUGUACAUCGCGGAGGACAACUUUGAAGUGAACGAAACUCAGUAUGAGAGAUACGAUGUCAGCCUCAUAUUUUAUGACUCCUCAAGCUUCUCAAGGCCAGUGUAUGACUCACCCUACCGUGUUGGCAUCAACCAGAAUUUGUUCCUGGAAGCUUCCCUGCACAUCUCUGAUCCAUCCCUGGAGUUAUUUCUGGACACUUGUGUGGCAUCUCCCACUCGCCACAAUCUUACAACAAAGUCCUAUCCUAUAAUCGAGAAUGGGUGUGCCAAAGAUCCCACCUACGCUACCUAUUACUCACCCUUCAGACACACCCUCAGGUUUAAAUUCAAUGCCUUCCAGUUCAUUCAGAGCAACCCAGAGGUUUACUUGCAGUGUGAGCUGGUGGUCUGCAGGGCCAAUGAUUAUUCCUCCAGGUGCUACCAAGGUUGUCUUCGAAGGUCCAAGAGAGAGGCCAGCUCUGAGAAAGAAAGUGUGAUUGUUGUUGCUGGCCCAAUACAGCUUUGGAAACCUGAGAUAAUGGAUGAACUUGGGUCUGAGUAA